AUGGCAUCGCUUAAAAAAGUUUUACUACCGACGCAGGCAUCGUUUUUGAUCGCCAAACGAUUCCGCGGGAAGAUUAAUAUACAAAGGCCAAAGAAACCUCACUUUGAAAGACAGCUUCUGAUAGACUUAGCAAAACCUAAAUACGGCACUCCGAAAUACCUGCUUCCGGAUGCAGUGCUUUGUGACAGAGGAGAAAAAAGGUACGCAAGAGAGAUAGACAACCCUUUUGAAAGAAUAUUAGCAAAUGAGUGUCUCAACUGGUUUAACACAUCCAAGAUGGUUAUCUUUUUGCAUGUAAAUGCAAUAAGUAUGGAAGAUAAAAUGCCAGUGUUUGCUGCGCUAAGCAAGAACAAUAUGCAUUUAAGAACUUAUGGUAAGAAGAUUGUUAGCAUGGCCACCACAGGGACACGGUAUGAGGCAGUCAAUCACUUGUUUACUUCACACCAAAAUAUUAUUUUUGGACAACCUGAGAAUGUAGCCAAGAUGUUCAAGAUUAUGAAGAAAGCACCUCAAUUAGUCAUUAUGGCCGGAAUCAUUCAAGACAGAUUGAUGUCAAAGAAUGAGUUGUUAGAAUACAGUCAGAUGCAGAACAUUGAUGUGGCGAGGAGUCAGCUGUGUGCUGUACUUGAUAGUGCUGGUUCUUGCCUUGUGAGACAGCUGACUCAAGGCCAGCAGGCCCUGGUAGGCCAUCUAGAGAAGCAUGUAGAGCUCCAGAGUACCUCAAGCAAGGAACCUCAAGAAAGUACUAAAAUAGAAUCGGAGAGUACUAAGGCAGAACCCGAAAGUACAUCAUAA